AUGUCGACGAUCUCCUCACCCCGUCAAUCCGUCGCUUCUUCGCCCGCCCCGUCAGCUCGCCCAUCUCUCGAUGCCUUAAAUACCAACCUUAACAACCUCAGCGCCCCGUCCACCCCAACGGGACGUGCGGUUUCACCCUCCUCCCUCCACCCGCGGCGCAACCGCUCCGCUCUGCGCGACUACUACAACCUCAAACCACCAGCCGCCGAGCCGGCCCCUCGGUCGCAGAGUGUGCCACGCAAUACAGAUGCAGGCGACAUCUCCAACCCCUCGUCGCUGACCUCGGGAACAGAGCUCGACAACGCGGACUUUGAUCCCCAGCGCUAUGUCGACCACCUGCUCUCCACGUCAUCGCUGUCGACUAUUCUGAAAGCUGAAAAUACAUUAGUGGGAGACAUCCGCACACUGGACGGAGAGCGCAAGGCCCUCGUGUACGACAAUUACUCGAAGCUGAUCCGCGCCGUCGAGACGAUUGGCAAGAUGCGGAAGAGCAUGGAUGACCGCGGUGCGCCGCUGACUAUGACCAAGACUCUUGGCCCAGCGAUUGCGUUUGUGGCGGAGACGGCGAGUGGGUUGAUUAAGGAGGGCGAGGAGCAGCGGCGGCAGAUGAAGGCCGCUAAGGGGGAAGAGCAGGCGGGGGAUCAGAGACCGGAGAAGGAGACUGUCAUGUGGGUUCUUGGGGCUCCGGCGAGACUGGAGAAGUUGCUGGUUGAGGAUAAGCGGGAGGAGGCUGCGGAGGACUGGAGGGAGGUUCAGACGCUUCUUGAUGCCUGGGGCGACGUGAAGGGGGUUGCUGAAGUGCGGGAGGCCUGCGAAGGCGUCAUCAAUUGGACGAGCCAUGAUGACUGA